AUGGCGACGGCUGCUUCGCCGACCCCAAUGGGAGCCGGUCCUACCCGUAGGGUUUCGCAGCGACAGCAAGCCUUGCGCCGGCCGCCCUCACGACCGGCCAUGACCAGAAGCGAGAGCCAGCAGACUGCUGCGUUCCAAGCCCGAAACAACCCGAAACAAUUCAACGACGACAGCUCCGAGGAUGAGAUCCCCGUGCCUAUGAAGCUGAGCGCCCUCACCAAGGCGCUUCUCAACGACGGCGAGCCCGAGGCCUCUCAGCCAGCAGAACGACAGGCCUCACCACCGCGGACGCGAAGACGAAUCAGCCAAUUGAACGCAUCGACAUCGUCCGUUUCUGAGCGGGAGAGGCAUCUGAGAUCCAACAGCGGGCAGCCCGAGGGCAAAACGUCAAGGACCUCGAGUCCCGCCAGGGAUCGUGGUGCAAGCCCCGUGACAAGGAAGAGGGUAGUGAGGCUCAGUAACACGCCGCAGAGCCUGAGCCAGAUCCAGCCAUCCAAGAGGCGCUCAAGCUCCUUCUCUCGAUCAACACAGCGCCAUCAACAGAACAGCCGGCCGUCCAGCAGAGAAAAGUCGGCCGAUGAGAAGCAAGAACCACAGGCCGACAUCAACACACCCGCUCACGGCAACCGCGUCGUAAGAAUUUCCACAAACUCUUCUGGUAAUCGCAGUAGAAUGGGGUCGACGGGCAUGUCGUCGGGGCGAUCAUUUGAUCGCUCUGCUGUUGACAAGUCUGCCAUUGACAUGGAUGACUAUGAGCCAGAAGAGAUUCCCCAAACUGUUGCACGAGAUACAGCGCCAGCCGCCAGCUACGGCAGUAGCUCGAUGCGUAUCAAGCGUGUUGGUAAGAUCCCUGGAACGUUUCUUAGCGGACCGGCACGGCGUGGUAGGCGGAGACAAAGCGAAGAGGAUGCUGAAGAAGAAGGAGAAAUGGAUCAGUACAACCCUCAUCAAGAACAAGACAACAACAUGGUGGACGAUAUGCCAGAAGUUGCGUAUUAUCCCGAUGGAAUUCGAGACUUCAAUUCUGGAAGUCCUGUUAGUGGGAGUGCUUCGGCUAGGGCCCUUCAUCAUAGGAGACACCUCUCUAGCAUGGACUCCCGGUCUGGAGAGAAUGACGAUGCAGAAGAAGAGGAAAUACCAUAUAGAAAAUCGGUGCUGCGGGCCGAGAUGCCUUCAGCUCAUGACCAGGAAAACGAUGCUCAUCCCAGCUAUAAGCGCUCAAAGUCUUCAUAUGAUGAUCGGAUGGACAAGGCUCCGCCACGACCCAUGAGCGUCGAUCUUGCUCCCGCCAGGCCUACUUCACCAGAGCGAAAACCACUGGCGCCCGUUGCCAACAACACACCUCAACGGGCUGCUCCCCCGCCUCCUCCCAAGAUGUCUGUCAUGGAGGCUGCUACAUCAACGACUGGUGCUGCAGCUGCAGCCACCUCAACUAAGCAGCGGAGGAACGUGUUGCGUGUUAAUGGAAAGACUUAUACGAGGCUUGAUUGCCUUGGCCGCGGUGGUAGUGCCAAGGUGUAUCGCGUAACUGCUGAGAAUGGACAAAUGUUUGCUCUGAAGCGCGUGGCUUUGGAAAACGCCGAUGAACUCACCAUCAAAGGGUACAAAGGCGAGAUAGACCUCCUGGGGAGACUCGAAGGAGUUGAUCGGGUUAUUAACCUGUACGCCUACGAGAUGAACACGGAGAAGCAGGUGCUCAGUUUGGUUAUGGAAAUGGGAGAACGAGAUUUGAAUGCUCUCCUUGCUAGUCGCCAGAGCCCUGAGGCUGCCAGGUUCGACCCCGUAUUUGUUCGUUUCUACUGGAAGGAGAUGCUCGAAUGCCUGGCCGCCGUUCACCACCAUGACAUUGUUCACUCGGAUCUGAAGCCCGCCAACUUUGUCCUCGUCAAGGGCAGACUCAAGCUGAUUGAUUUCGGCAUUGCCAACGCCAUCCAGACUGACGAGACUGUAAAUGUCCAUCGCGAAACCCAGGUCGGAACGCCCAACUACAUGUCUCCCGAGUCCCUGCUAGACUCCAACAACCCGCGGGGUGGUCGUCUUCCGGGUCGCCCUAAGCUGAUGAAGCUCGGUAAAUCAAGCGAUGUUUGGUCGCUGGGUUGUAUCCUCUACCAGAUGGUCUACGGUAUGCCGCCCUUUGGCCACAUUGCGAACCAGAUGGCGAGAUGCCAGGCUAUCAUAAACUGGGAUCACCACAUUGAGUUCCCCUCUCGUGGCAUGGGCGGUGCUCCUGUUCCGCCUUCGCUUAUUAGGACCCUGAGGCGAUGCCUCAACCGAGACCACCACAUGCGACCAACGUGCGAGGAACUCCUUCAUGAUAGCGAUCCGUUCCUAUACCCCGCAGAAAUUAAUAGCGACAAGGCUCUUCCUAUUGACGAAGAACUCCUGGGGAGAAUCAUCCAGAGCGUUGUCUCAAGGUGCCGAGAGCGCAUGCCAACAGAAUCAGAGGGCGCAACCGUCUGGCCGCAGGCAUACUGGAACAGCAUAAGAAAAUCAAUGGCAAACAGACAGCAAUAA